CAUUUGGUCUCUAGAAUUUGGACAGGCAUUCCCUCCUUAUUGAAGAUGCUUGGACCUCAUUUUCAAAUAUUAAAAAAAAAAAAACCCUUCUAAAUGUCUUUAAUUAACACACAGUCCAUUAAAAUAACGUUCCCCAACCUGCAACUAAUUCCGAACGGAGAAAGAGAGAGUGAGUGAGAGAGAGAGAGAGAGAUGCAGCAGCUACCUGAGCUUCUUUUCUUCAGAUCAUGAAACCCUAAAUCCCCGUUAAAUUUUAACCGUCCGUUAAAGGGGACUAGAUCCAACGUCGUUCUUGAAGCGAGUUCUUUUGUAUCUGCCUCUCUUCCCUUUUCUUGUUCUUGAUGCUGGCUGCCAAAGGAGCCUCAGGUUCUCUGCUCUCUGCGCUUUCGGACGGUGCAGAUCGGAUCUCUGUAGCCGUUGAUUCGUUCUUGCUGGUUUCCAUGAGCUACUAUCGGAUUUGAACACUCGGAUUUCAUCGUUUCGGCCGUUUUCUGCUGGAGUAGGAGAUUUCGAAGAGUGUCUGUCUGAGAUGUGGGAUCGGAGCCGCCGGGGUGCCGUUUAGUGGGUGGUAUGGGCGACCAAGGCGGAUCGUUUGUCGCGGUUAGGCGGAUCUCACAAGGGCUGGAGCGGAGCAGCGGUUACCAUUCCACAUCUGAUAGGUAAUUGUUUGAUGGCCAUUUUACAAUUUGAAAACUCAAAUUUUCUUUACUGCCAACCUUGUAUUGCUACAGCUGAGGUUGUGGCAGGAUCAGCAGCAUGGCUUGGAAGAGGCCUUUCUUGUGUUUGUGCUCAAAGAAGAGAGAAUGAUGCCCGUUCAUCGUUUGAACUAACCCCUUUGCAGGAAGAAUAUUUGCACAGGCUACAGAGCCGCAUAGAAGUCACCUAUGAUAGUUCAAAGCCAGAGCAUCAGGAAGCCUUGAGGGCUCUCUGGCAUGCUGCUUUUCCUGAAGAAGAACUUCGGGGCUUAAUAUCUGAACAGUGGAAGGAAAUGGGUUGGCAAGGAAAGGACCCAUCUACGGAUUUCAGGGGUGGUGGUUUCAUAUCUCUGGAGAACUUAUUGUUCUUUGCCAAGACCUUUCCGAAAUCCUUCCAGGAUCUUCUCCGGAAGCAGGAAGGUGAUCGAGCUAUGUGGGAGUACCCAUUUGCUGUAGCUGGCGUGAACAUCACAUUCAUGCUCAUUCAGAUGCUUGAUCUCCAAGCUGCUAAACCUCGGACAAUGAUGGGGGCAGUUUUCUUAAAGCUACUUUCGGAAAAUGAACGGGCUUUUGAUCUUCUGUACUGUAUAACAUUCAAGUUGAUGGAUCAGCAAUGGCUUGCCAUGCAUGCUUCAUACAUGGACUUCAAUUCGGUGAUGAAAUCCACACGCCGUCAGCUGGAAAGAGAGCUGCUGCUUGAGGAAAUCACACGUCUGGAAGACAUGCCUUCCUACAGCCUUCUCCUUCGCUAAUGUAGCAAGUUGAAGUAACAGGAUGAUGAAGACAGUUACUUGAAGAAGCAAGAUAGAGGGUUCAACCUUUCCUGUGUUAAAUCAAAUAUAGAAAACUUUCUCUACAUUGGAUGAGUGAACCCAUUAAUACAUAGUGGCAUUCCUCGUUCUUCCCUA